CACGCCACGCCGCGCGCGCUGGGGGCAGCCAUGGCGGACGGGCCGGUGGCCGAGCUGCUGCUGCGGCGGCUGGAGAGCGCGGACGGCGGCGUGGACAGCGCGGAGCUGGCGCGGGAGCUCGGCGCGGAGCACCAGGCCGUGGUGGGCGCCGUGAAGAGCUUGCAGGCGCUGGGCGAGGUCAUCGAGGCUGAGCUGCGCUCCUCCAAGCACUGGGAGCUCACCACCGAAGGUGAAGAGAUCGCCCGGGAGGGCAGUCACGAGGCCCGGGUGUUUCACAGCGUCCCCCCAGAGGGCCUGGCCCAAAGCGAGCUCAUGAGACUGCCCAGUGGCAAAGUGGGUUUCAGCAAGGCAAUGUCCAACAAGUGGAUCCGCGUGGACAAGAGUGUGGCCGACGGGCCCCGGGUGUUCCGAGUGGUGGACACCGUGGAGGAUGAGGUACAGCAGCGGCUCCUGCUGGUCCGAGGCGGGGAGGCCGAGAAGUUGGGCGAGAAGGAAAGGAGCGAGCUCAAGAAGAGGAAGCUGCUGACUGAAGUGACCCUGAAGACUUACUGGGUGAGCAAAGGCAGCGCCUUCAGCACCAGGGUCUCCAAGCAGGAGGCAGAGCUGAGCCCUGAGAUGAUCUCCAGCGGCUCCUGGCGGGACCGGCCCUUCAAGCCCUACAACUUCUCGGCCCGUGGCGUCCUCCCUGACAGUGGCCACCUGCACCCCCUGCUCAAGGUCCGCACCCAGUUCCGGCAGAUCUUCCUGGAGAUGGGGUUCACCGAGAUGCCGACCGACAACUACAUCGAGAGCUCCUUCUGGAACUUUGAUGCACUCUUCCAGCCCCAGCAGCACCCGGCACGUGACCAGCACGACACCUUCUUCCUACGAGACCCGGCCGAGGCCCUCCAGCUCCCCAUGGACUACGUGCAGCGGGUCAAGCGGAUCCACUCUCAAGGUGGCUACGGCUCGCAGGGGUACAAGUACGCCUGGCAGCUGGACGAGGCCCGCAAAAACCUGCUGCGCACACACACCACAUCAGCCAGCGCCCGCGCUCUCUACCGCCUGGCCCAGAAGAAGCCCUUCACACCAGCCAAGUACUUCUCCAUCGACCGCGUGUUCCGGAACGAGACCCUGGACGCCACACACCUGGCUGAGUUCCACCAGAUUGAGGGCGUGGUGGCAGACCACGGCCUCACCCUGGGCCACCUCAUGGGCGUCCUGCGGGAGUUCUUCUCCAAGCUGGGCAUCACCCAGCUGCGCUUCAAGCCAGCCUACAACCCCUACACAGAGCCCAGCAUGGAGGUGUUCAGCUACCACCAAGGCCUGAAGAAGUGGGUGGAGGUCGGGAACUCCGGGAUCUUCCGCCCCGAGAUGCUGCUACCCAUGGGGCUCCCCGAGAACGUCUCAGUCAUUGCCUGGGGUCUGUCUCUGGAGCGCCCGACAAUGAUCAAAUACGGCAUUAACAACAUCCGGGAGCUGGUGGGCCACAAGGUGAACCUGCAGAUGGUGUACGACAGCCCCAUGUGCCGCCUGGACCAGGACGCCGAGCCGCGACCCCCUCGGCUGCAGGAGGCGGCUUGAUGGGGCUUCCCUGGGUCGCCUGCCCACCCCUGAACCCCCCACUGCCCUGCCCCCGCCUCCCUCCGCAGUGCCCCCCACCCCGUAUUUAUGAGGCCUCUGUGAGGCCAGCCUCCUCCCCGCCUUUAGCAUCUUGUCUUCCCCUCCUGCCCCAGGGUCCCAGGCACAGGUCCGUCAUUGUCCUGUGUCUGUCCACCUGUGAGAGGGCCCAUGCAGAGCCCACGGGCUGGCUACUAGCUAAUAAAGUGGGCAGUUGUCUUCA